AUGGCACUCUCUGGGGUCUUUGCCGCAGACCUCGCCCCAGGUCCCUUAACGCAACAUGUCAAUAUUUUCACGGGAACGGCACAGAAUGACGACCCUGGCAACGUGUUUGCCGGCGCAGCUACGCCUUUCGGAAUGGCAAAGGUUACCGUCCAAGUAGCGGGCUAUGCUCCAGCGGGAUAUGUCUCUGUCUCGACCGAACUGACCAGAGGCGUAUCGCCGUUGCACGAUUCCGGCACUGGUAGCUCUGCGGGCAGCUAUGGCAACUUUUGCAUCAUGCCUGUCGUUUGCAAAGAAUUUCUGGACUGUCCAAGACUCGAGCAGCCACGGUCUCAAAGGAGAGUGGGCGACGGUAACAACGAUACAGGGUUUCCUGGAUAUUUCAGCACCCCGCUUGCCAAUGGGGUGCGGAUCGAGCUCGCAUCAACCCAGGCGGCAUCUCUGGAGCGGUACACCUUUCCAGAGGGGUCAACACCAACUUUGGUUCUGGAUUGGACCGACGACUCCCAACACUCAUUCUUGUAUGGAGAGAUGCAUGCCGAUUGGAAAUCACAGCGUUUGACGAUGAACGGGACGUAUCGGAGCAGCUUCGGGCCCAGCCAGUUCACGUAUACUGCCUUCCAAUGUGUUGAUCUGUCCGUUGCUGGUACUAUUACAGACCAUGCAUUCUUCGGAGGCAAUGCGAAUGGAAUGGAUGCCAUACGUGCCGACUUGGACCGGUGGGUUUUACCUCCUAUAGCCCAGCGUCUCGGCAGACCGGACUUCGAACAGCCAACACAGGCUGGGGCUAUCGUCCGCUUCAAACCUUCGUCGGACCAGAAAGGUUCCAUCAUUGUUCGUCGCGGUGUUUCGUACACUUCAACAGACGUUGCAUGCAAGAAUAUGAAGCGAGAGCUACCAGAUACCGACUUCAACAAGGUUGUAGCAGCGAGUAACGCAAUGUGGGAAGACAAGCUUGGCCGCAUCGUCUUGUCCGACGAUACAACCGAUCCCAUCAGAAAGUUGUUCUACACCUCCUUUUACCGGACGUUCCUCUCGCCUAAUAAUGCCACUGGCAACGCGCCUCCGCCAUAUACUGACACUUCGCAUCCCUAUUUCGAUGGGCUGUACUGCUCUUGGGACACGUACAGAACUUUGUUCCCCCUGAUGGCACUGACAUCCCCAAGAGAGAUGGCCCAGAUCGUCGAUACCUACAUCGACGGAUACCGCAGAGAAGGAUGGUUGCCCGAAUGCAGAGCCAACAACGUAAAGGGAUAUGUUCAGGGAGGCAACAAUGGCGUUCCCAUUGUAGCGGACUUCAUCGUCAAAUACGCGGACCAAGCGGACAAAUUGGGACUCAAGAUGGACGACUUCUGGAAAGCGCUGAAGCAUGAUGUUGAUGAAGCGCCACCAAACUGGGACUAUGAGGGCCGCCGCAUAGAGACCUACAACAAAAUUGGCUACAUUGCUUACGACUACUUAGACACCACCUCCGUGGGUCAAAGAUCACGAGAAGCCAGUCGUAGUCUCGAGUAUGCGUUUGGAGACUUUGCAGCUGGUAUGGCAGCUCGCGCGCUCAAGCAGCCUGCCUCAGUUUCAGAUCCGUACUUCAAGCGUAGUCUGUCGUAUCGCAACAACUUCAACCACAUUCUCCAGUCGGACGGCUUUUCCAACUUCGUGGCCCGAAGGUUUGAGAACGGCACUUUUGCUGCGUCGAAUCCGACCGACUGCUCCCCACGCGAUAGCAACUCAACGCGUCCCUGCAGCACGCAGGCUACCAAUACGUUCGGCAUCUACGAGAGUUCCAGUUGGGAAUACAGUCUUUACGCACCUCACGACGUGAAGGGGCUUGUCGAACUCUUGGGGGGCAACAAAACUUUCGAAGACCGCUUACACCACUUCUUCGAUGCGGGUUAUUACCUUCCCGGCAACGAACCAAGCUUCCAGACACCGUCGCUCUUCCACCAUAUCGGGAAACCUGCAGAAUCAGUCCAGCAGGUUCGACGUAUUGUCUAUGACAAUUUCAACCUAACCCGUGGGGGCUUACCUGGGAACGAUGACAACGCAGCUAUGGCCAGUCUUCUAACAUGGUAUCUGCUGGGAUUCUAUCCUGUUCCUGCAUCCGGGGAGAUGUUGGUACUUUCGCCCUUCAUGCCUGGUUAUGUCGUGAAGAACGAACUCAUGGGAACUGUCAACGUGAAGGUCACAGGGUUCGACCCGGCUAGUCUAGCACGCAACAUACCUUCAGGCGCCCGAGCCUAUGUCGAUACUGUCAAGCUUGACGGUGUGGCUAAGGGUAGAUGUCGUAUCGACUUUAAGCAGUUUUUUGCUGCCAAGGAUGUCGAGUUUGUGAUGGUGGAUGUGAAGAAGGUUGGAUGCGAUGGUCAAGAGCCCAGCAGCCUCAGUGCUGGUGGCUUCCCAUUGUGA